AUGCUGGUAUUGCGCGUCACGCAAUACCAGCAUGUCACGGUCACGGUAACGCGACGUGUCACGGCAUGUCCCGUCACGGUUUUCCCAUCUGAAGGUCGCACCUCAAUACACACUGUAUCUCGUAACUUGAUCAAGUAUAGCGCAUCCUAUGCAGCAAAUAAAGGAAGGCUCAACCACCAGACCACUUAUAUUGCUAAGCGCAACGACAAGGGCCAGUGGUUCCAAGUGGAUUUUGGAAAGAUUGUCAAAAUAACGACGAUUUUGACCCAAGGACGCCAUAACGCUGCACAAUGGGUGACCAAGUUUAUAGUGUCUUACAGCCUUGAUGGAGGAUAUUUCUCAUUUCAACUUCACCAUCCUUACAAUGUUCCGCGGGAAUACUAUGCCAAUAGAGACUAUCAGACUGUCGCGGAAACCAAGCUGGACGAACCAAUCAUCGCCCGUAUUUUUCGUGUUCACCCGGUGGAAUGGCAUGCAUACAUUUCAAUGAGGCUUGAGUUUGUUGGUUGUGACUCAGGUAACUGUACAUCCUAUUAA